ACAACUCAGAGCUGGAAAGGGUCAAAGAGAAAACUUUCGGACCUGGCAAGCAAGUUUGAGCAGAAAAUGGAGAAUUCGCAGAGGCCCAUGCAUCUUUACUUAGGGAUAUGCAUUUUGUCAUUGCAAUGGAUACUGACCUAUCAGCAAGUCAAUGUGGCCUUAAAAGGAAUUGCAACUCAGUCUUCUUUAUUCGACUAUAACUAUGCUUCCUUUGCUAUUGAUGGCAACAGAGCAUCUGACUUGAGCGCCUCCUCAUGUUCACACACAAAUCCUAAAAAUAGCCCGUGGUGGAGUGUGGAUUUGUUGGUGGUGUAUUACAUUAGCAAUGUAACCAUCACUAACAGAGGCGACUGCUGUGGAAUUCGGAUGAAUGGUGCUGAGAUCCACAUUGGCAAUUCCUUAAUCAACAAUGGCAACAAUAACCCAAGAUGUGUUGUUAUCCCUAGCAUGCCUGAUGGUGCCUCUAUAAACUACACAUGUAAUAUGCAGGGUCGUUACGUGACUGUGAUCCUUCCCAAUAUUGUUGAGUGCCUCACGCUUUGUGAAGUGGAAGUCUACGGGGCUCCAGUUAUUAAAAGGGCAUUUCUGAGAAUAAAGUUUAACAGCAUUGAGGAUCUCAGCAACCCUACCAUGAGGGACAAAAUUCUUCAAAAGGCUAUUCCGUGCUGACAGCCUGCACCCCAGCAGAGUUGGAGCGGAGAUCCUCUCGGACCAC